UGGGAAAAGUCAAAAGGCAGCUCCGCUAGAAACACUUUGCUACCAACAAUACGUUUGGGAUUAAACUCGACUGGCAGUGUACAUAUGUGGCACACGCAGUAGUUUAACGUUUCUACAUUUGUUCGAUGAGUGAUAGUAAAAGCAUCCAUCCUAUCGUGUUGAUAGUGCGCUGUGCAAAUUGUGUUUUAAGCACAAUCCAGCGUAAUCUGGACCAUUGCAUCUGUAAGAGAGUUUGGUUGUUGAUAAACUCCAGCUUUUUUGUCUAGUGAAUCCGUCGGAUGCAGAAUCUGUUCAAUAUGGAGAAAAGAAAUCAUGAAAUGAACAAAUUGAAGGAAUAUGAAUCAAUCAUUAGCUCUCAAAAAGAACACAUCAAUCGGUAUGAAAGUCGGCUUAAAGACAUUAUCGUAGCCUAUAAAGGUUUGGCCAAAGAAAAGGCAGCCUUAGAACAAUCUUUACAGACACUCAGUGCCGAUAGUGCGAGCGCAGACAAAACAUCUUAUGUUAAACAAGAAGCUGUUGAUGCAAAACAAUUGCCGGUGGUGUCGAAUGAUGAACAAGUCCAAAAAAUAAUGCAAAAUCUGGCCACUAUCACUGCUGAACGAAAUCGUAUCGAAGAAGUGUUGAAGAGUGACAGAAAUCAGCUGCGUCAACAAUUAACAAGUAAGGAUGCAACGAUAGAGGAAUUGACACGGCGUAUCAGAAUAUUAGAACACCAAUCGCAAGCAGACUCGAGCAUGGCUAGUACAAAUGGGCCUGUUGAACGUUUCGUAAAUGGUGGAAAAUUCGAAGAACAGUCGUUGAAGAUAAGAGAGCUCAAGAAACGGUUAGAUGAUGAACGCAACUUGAACGAACAGUUGGAACUGCAGUUGGCUAAUCUGAAGACGCAAUUUUUACUUAACAUCCCCGACCGUCAGGCGGAGCUGAAGAAACGUGCCGAAGGAAAGAACGUUAAUUCGAUGAACAUAAAUGCGGAAAAAAAUCCGAACAACUCGAUGGAUUUAAAAGAAUCGUUACAAGAUUUGCAAAAGGAAAUGAACAAUCUAAAGAAACAGUAUGCAGUUGCUGUAGCAGACGAAAAACAACGUGUACGCUUGGCGGAGGAAAACAGUAAACGAUUGCGAGAGAUUCACGAAGAACGUGUAGCAAACUUUGAAUCCCGUAUAAGGGAGCUUAGCGAAAUGGUUGGUAAGUAUGAUCGCUUGAAAGAGCAGGAUAAGGCACACAUUUUGCAACUGAAAAGCACCAUUGCUAGUCUGCAAACAAAGUGUGCAGAAGAAAGCAAUGACAUGCCAAGCGAUAACUUUGAUCGUGAGUCCAUAGAAGAUGGAUACGGUACACGUCAGACACAGUUUGCAGCCCAUCCUGCUAAGAGUCUCGAAGAAACUGGUGACACACAGGCGGCUGAUGUUAAUUUUCCCUCCAAUGUCGUUGUCCAGUUGCAGCUGGAUGCACAAAAUGAGCUGGAAAAUUAUAAAUGGCGUUACGAGCAGUCAAUGGGAGAAAAUCAGCGUUUGAAAAAGGAACUGUUGUUAUGCCAAGAAUGUGUAACGCAGCUGAAACAAAAGCUGGACUCACAGAAACAAUUGACUGCCCAGCUAGAAUCGGACUUGCAUCAAAAAUUAACAGAACAGCAGAUUGCCUUUAAAAACGAAUCUGCCAAACAUGGGGAAGCUUUAAGCGCAAUGCAGGCAUCGUUCGAGCGGCAGAUCGGCCAUCUUCAAGAUUCUUUGCAAAAACAACGCGAACGUUCGCUUGCGGUAAUGGACGAAAAGGACGAAGAGAUCAAAACGCUGCGAACCUCGCUGGAAAUUAUUUCCCUAUCAUCGUCUUCCUCCGUCCGGCAACAAGAUUCCUGUAACGAACCUAUGGGCAACGUGAAAGGAGAUCACAAUCGUUGGAAUGCUAGCAAUGAUUCUGCUACAAUACUAACGCCAUUUACUUCUUUAGCUGAUGAACAUCAGCAUAUACUUCAUUAUGCCCAGGAAAUUGCUCGUAAAAAUGUCGAAAUCAGCGCCCUUCGUACUUCGAAAAAUGCUUCGGAAGCUACAUUGCGGAAGCUUGCACAAGAAAAGAUUAUGAUCGAAGAAAACUUUAAAGAGCAAAUAUCUCAACUAGAACGGGACGUCGAGCGCUUGCGAAACAAUAACCACCUGGAAGGAUCAAAUUUAGAGUAUUUGAAAAACGUUGUGCUCAGUUUCCUUUUAACGCGCGAUACUGAGAGUAAGAAACAUAUGACCAAUGCGAUAGCAGCAGUUUUAAAGUUUGAUGAAAAUGAAAUUCAAGCUGUAAACAAUAUUAAACAUUGAAUAUAUGGAGCACAUCAUAUGCCCAGUUAAUUAUCCGCUAACUUA